AUGAGAAUUCUCAAAAGUUUAAUAUUAUUUAUUGCAUUAUGUAAUAUUUUAGUUUCGGCAUUACUACCACCAUCACCAGGUCCAAUCGAUAGAAGUCAAUUAACAGACGAACCAGUAGUUGCUUAUUAUGGUUCAGGAAGUGAUAAUGGUAUUUACUCUAUUGGUGAUGGUUGUUCAAAUUCAAAAAUUACAUUACCAAAAGAAUAUAUGCCAAUUGUAGUUUUAAAUGAAACUAGCUAUUUAGCAACUACAUAUGGUAAUAGCGAUUUUAAUAUAGCAGUAGUAUCAAGUCAAGGUACACAACAAGUCCAAAUUCAAAGUGGAUUAAAAAGUAUUGCAGCACACGGUGGUGUUAGCUCUACCAUUUCAUAUGAUGAUAAACUCAAUGCAUUCAUCUUUAUAAACAAAGAAGGUUUCACCACUAAUAUCAUCACCUAUUUAAUUGACCAAGAUUCUCAUACCUCAACAUCCAUUAAAAAUAGUAUUGCUUUUCCAUCACCAUAUUAUGAUUUAACUACCAGCACACUUUACUUUGCAGCUGUUAUUAUUGGUGAUGUCAGUUAUGUUGUUUACGAUCAAUCAGGAAUGAAAGUUUACUCUCUUAGAGAUUUAGAUUUGGGUGUUGGUUUCGACUCAUUACAAGUUGCUGCCUAUAACGGUCAAGUUGUAUUAUUUGGUAAAAACUCUGGUGAAGAAACCUCACAUCUCUUUUUAGUUAAUCCAGAAUCAAAAAAUACCACUCUUUUAAAUCAAGGCACUAAUGCCGUUUCUAUGAUCACUGGUGCCAAUCCAAGAUAUGUUCUUUUAGUUACCUCAUCUCAAACAUAUAUGCAAAUUGAUUUAGAAACUGGUGCCUCAACUGAAUUCACUGCUGCUUGCCCAGAAACCUCUUUUUCAAACUCUUUUAUUUCAUCAAUUGCUGUUAAAGAUAUCUUUUCUUUUUAA